AAUAUGAAAAGUCGUGAGGAAAUUAAAAAAGGAGUUACAGAUGGUAUAACUCUUCCUGGUUUAGGUCAUCAAAUAUUAUCAAAAGAAUUAGUAGAUGAGACUCUCAUUAUAUCAGAUAUGUAUGACUUAAACGAGUUUAUGGCAUUGGAUCUUCUCUGUACGGCUCAACUUCAAAUGCCACAUCAUCCUGGUUUAACACGUGGUUUAACAACUGUUCUUCUAUAUUACGAUGGAAGAAAAGCACUGACAUCAGUAUUAAGAACCUUGGUGCAUACUCGAAUUGGUCACAGUUGGGCAGUGGAUGCACCGGUUGCUCUUACAAGACACAUUACAGAUUAUACGAAUAAGUUGCAAGAGGAUGGUCUAUUAAAUAGGGUUUUAUCCCUGUUAGAGGAAAUGGAUCCUACUAAGGAACAAGAUUUACUGCAACAAAAUAGAGCAUUAGGUGGAGCAAAGCACCAUCAGAUGGUUAUGAAACUUUAUAAUGACACACGACAAGACCUGGCUGAUAUCUUGUACUUAUGGUCUGCUCAAUCGUCUCUUCCAAAUAUAAUUCUAUUUCGUUUAUUAUCUAUAUUGCAAACACGUCAAGUAGAAUCUGAGGCAGGUGAAGGAGGACCUGACAAAGUUACACUUGCGCUCAUUAUGGCUGUUUUAAAUGCUUUUAAUUUUAGUUUCUUACAUAGUCGUGAAAACGGUGAAGAAUUAAUUAAUUCAAUGCCAUUAAUAGCAGAGAGAGAAGCACUAGAGGAACUGAAUCAAAAGUUAAUAUCCACUAACAUAAAUUGGGAGAGUGCUGGAUUGCGAGGAGUGAUACAGUUUGCUUUAGCGAUAGCUAUGAUUACCAUCAAAACAACUACCACUCAAUUCCAAUCUCAAAACAUUACUGCAGAAGAUGAAAUAUUAAUAGAAGCAGCUCUAGCUAACAAAGCUUUUCAUUUUAUGGCCGAAAUUUUGUUUAAAAAUAAUUGCAUACAUCAAGAGGAAUUUUAUGUUCGCUAUUUUCACACACUAAUUUCGGACUUUAUAUUAUUGAUGCCCGUUAAAGUCAAGGAAUUACGCAGUCGCGCUGAUGAAUCCAUGCGUUUAGGCAUCGAACCUCCAAUGAAUCUGGAUAAUCAUUUUGAAUAUUUAAUGUUGAUGAUAGCAGAACUGUAUAAAGAAGAUUCAUUUAAACUAAAUUUAGCCAUGGAUUAUUGGUGUUAUCAUACUGAUACAACUCAUGUAUCAGCUCCUGCAUACAUUAGUCGCCUGCCGUCUAGACAAGUUGCUUUAUUUAAAUUUAUACGUCUUGCUGGAGAGAUAUUGCCGGCAGGUUUAUUUGUUCCAUAUAUGAAAAUGAUAGCGUCCCUCGCCUCAUCGCCACAAGCAGCUAGAUAUGCCUUUAAUUUUUUUAAACCAAACGGAUCAUCUGGUUCGGCCACUAUUUCAUGGGAUCAUUUCUUCAAUUCUUUAAACCGAUAUUAUUAUAAUUUGAGACAAGAAUUACCUCCUAGUCAGGAUACAGUGUACAGACAAAGAUGUCAUCCGAAAGGAAUUAUGCCUCAGGAAGUUAAAGGUCUCGAGGCAGUGCUAUUGGUUGUCCAAGUGAUAGCCAAAAAUGAUGAAAUGUCGAGAGUUGCAAUAUGUGAUCACCCAAAUUGGAAAGUUUUACAGUCUUUGAUCGGUUUAGUGAGCUGUGCGAUGCCGAUACCUUUGAAGGGUGUGUUAGUAAGAACUCUUGCAGCACUGGCCAGAUCACCAGAGAGUUCCUCUAUUGUUUGGCAAAGCUUGGAAGCUGCUCAGUUUUUGUGCACUAUACCAACAACGAGUAGUUAUCAACCGAGAGGUGUGCAAACGGAAUUAGAAGAGAUCGAAUCUAGGAACGAGGAGUAUCCGUUAACACGUGCCAUGUUAGAACUAUUAGAUGUACUUACUGAUUUCCCAAUACCACGUCUGCUGGGUGUAGGCCAACGAAAUCCAGGAUUCGAUCCGUAUUUGCAUUUCAUUAUCAAUACUGUCUUUCUAAGAUUUCACACUCGUUCGUAUAAAAAUCGUGCUGAAAAGUGGGAGGUAGCGGAAGCUUGCUUGAAGAUAUUCUCAAAAUUGAUAAAGCAGUACGAACCAACUGUUGAAGAUUUUGUGGGCUGUAAAGUUGAGCUACAAGGCGGCGAGUCCACCUUAGUCAAUUCGGCUCCGGGAUAUCACUUAAUGACGCAAUUACACACUAAUUCGGAGCUAUUACACGUGAUAUUAUAUAUCAUGGACGAAGGUUGCAACCAUUUCGAUACUUAUGACAGUUUUCCAGGCAAAAAAUAUCUCGAAAGUUGCAGCCUUUAUUGCUUGGAGAUAUUGGAGCGUGGAUUAAAAAUGCAAAUCAAUUAUAUGGCGCAGUUGACUGUCAUACCUGUAAACAAAAUUAUGACUGGACUGUCACGUUUGUUACUUGGAGUGAACCCUCGCACGGGUAAACCGGAUCAUAUGAUUAAUAUCGUCAAAUACGUUUCUUACAAUUCAUGGCUACCGAAACAAGCCUUUGUAGCAGUUGGUGUUAUUCAUGGUGUGACUAAUGAGCCUGGAGCAGACUCUGAAUUGCUGUCGACGUUCACGGCAACUUCUACUUUAGCAACGAAUAUCAGACACGGCUUUGUGGAAUGCCUAGACGCGGACAAUAUCUCGGAGGAUGACGACGAGACAAUUAGAGUGGAUGAUCAGAGCAGGCAGAUUGGAAAUUGCAAAGAAAGAAUUCUACUCUUGAUGAUGCACAGUAUCACACGGCCUGCGCCAAAUCUCGCUCAUUAUUUGCUCGGUUUUGAAAUAACUAAGGAUAUCAGGAAAACCAUUAUUCAGCAACCGGGAAUCCUCGGAUUCCCGCGUACUUGUCUGCACUCCAUUUUGGGCAUUUUGGAGCAAUCUCUUGAGCGCGGUCGCGAUAAAAUAACCGAAGCUUGUUAUUGUUACCUUCAUACAUUAGCGGCUAAUAGCAAAACAUCGACACCUGUUCUCAGAUUUUUACGUACUACGAGUAAUCAAGACUUUGUGCAGAGACAUCUUUCAAAAUUACCAUUUCAAGGGCUAAAUAGGUCGACUGAGCUUGGCUGUAUGUCUUGGUUGUUGAAAAUAGCAGCUAUCGAGUUGCGAGUCGCUGGUGGUAGUUUACAGACUUCUCUAAUUCAUCGAUUGGUGGGAAGUUUCAGUCAGGACAAGGAUCAGAUUGUACCCUCUCAGAAGCUUCUGAUGGAUCUCUUACAUUACAUCGAUUUCCAAUUAUAUCUGGAACCUACGAAAUCAUGGGAAUUUUUCGAUCCAUCAGAAAUUGAGAAGGUACAGAGUAAAUGCAGUAUUCCCGUCGCAUUAAUGGGCGGUCCAUCGCUCAUCGACAUCAGGAAACUACAUUCUCUCAUCACCGAAGAAUUAACGGUUACACAGAGCAGCGCAACUGCUACCCAACGCAAGCUUAUGCAGCAGGAAGUGAAGUUUAUACUUGCACAUGCCUUGAAGAAGAAUCAGACGAAGGUUUUAUCCUACGCAACUGUUAAAUUCGUAGAGGGUUGGUGCCAAACUACAGAGAUACUUUUCUCCGUUGCGACGAAUCAACAAUUGCCGGUGGUUCAAAGGCAAAAUCUUCUGUUGAAUUUGUCGCACGACCUGCUACAGAAGAUGACGUCCUGUGAAGCUUUGAGUGAGAUUAAAACAUUAGUAUCCGGUACGGUCUUAAUGCUUCUGGUAAACUUACGAAACAGUUUUGUGAUUCAAUCAGACAACGAGUUACUGCCGUCGUCACCAUCCAACACAACGAUGAUGAAAAUUAUUCUAAGUCACAUCUUACAAUGGAUCAUAAACGCUGGUGCAUCCUCACAGAAAGUCGUGACACAUCUUUACGCGGCUUUAUUGAAUUUUUUGAGUAUCGUUGGCUUAGAAAAAUCCGAGCACAUAAAUGCGAUUGAUUCUAUGUAUAUUAGCCAAUUGGACAAUUCAUUAAACAAGCUCAUGCCCGUACAGGAACGUUCGCAACGUUACGCGACGAUUCAGGUCAUUAACAGUUUCGGAAAUCAGUUGAUGGAUAUUUUAUGCCACAAUUGCUCGGGUGGACACGACGUGUGUAAGAUGCUCGCAUUGUCCUGCCUGGAUAAAAUCUUGGAAUUGGAUUAUGAUAACGCGUGGAUGAUCUAUUUAACAAGCAGAGGCUAUUUGAAGCAUAUGAUAGACAGUCUAUUGGAAUCAAACAAUUUAUUGCGAGACAUGCUGCAACCGGAACCGCAGUCAAUGCGGCCUUUGUACCUGUACGAGGCAAAGAUGGCAAUCUUCUGUAGGAUGGCAUCAACGAGAUCAGGCGCGGAGAGCCUGCUGGAAAACAAGAUCUUGUCCUGUAUGUCCAGUAUGUGCGCAUUCGAUCAGCAUCCUGACGUGAAUCAAGGCUUCGAGGGCGGCGAUUAUUCGUUCAUACCUUCGGUCGGGCAACGCUAUCAGCAAAUUUUCUUACCAGCUUUAUAUCUCUGCGACGCUCUGUUCACCACGCUAGGAACGGAGAAUCAAUCGUGCGCCGUGCAAGUUUGCGGAUUUCUACAAAGUCACAGGGAUACCGUGGAAAUGGCUCUAAGAAAUGCAGUCUCGCACGCCAAUGUCCUUUUUUUGAAGGAGAUUGCAUGUCUCACUGGUGUAAUAUCUAGAUCCGCUAAUAUAGAUAUGUACAAACUCGUGGAUGAGGAAUUGGCAAAAAUAAAUAUAGACGAUUACAAAUUAGAGAGCAGCACCGGGAUGAGAGAGUUGCGAGCGCAUUUGUACCGAUUACAGAAAUCGAUGCUAUCGUUAUUAAAUAAAUUUCAAUUGCAGUCAAUUCCGAUAAAUCAUAAUUAUCAGCAAGCCGACGCAAACCAGCAAUAUAUUUCUUGCAUACAGAUAGUCGCUAACGUCAUGCUGUAUACACGCAAUCAAAUGCAACAUAGUCGUAUGGAUCAGAAAAUACGGAAUGUGCUAUUCGAUCCUCAUUUAAUACCAAAACCUGGAAGAAAGCAGGACAAACUGAAGGAUACCUCUGGUGGAGUAUGUUUAGGCACAAUUGUCGAACAGUUGGUUUCCGUGACAAAUUUACUGCACACUGAGUUGCCGCAUAUUGAUUCUUUAAUAAAGAAAGCCCAAGUGAUAACCGACAUGAGUACAGCGGAAUUAAAGAAAUACAUGUCUGAAAACGAAGUGGAACUCGAUAUAGGAAAACAACGAAUGCUCGUUGAACAAAAAUUAAAUCGCUGGAUAAAGGAUAAACGACAAAGCAUAAAAUAUUGCUCUCUUAUAAUAGAACACGCUUUGUACAUUCUUUGGAGUCACUUAGAUUUUUAUACUAUGCAAGUCAUAUCACGGCAAACCCAAAGAGUGCACGUAUCUUCGGGUGGUGUUGACGAAAGCAUGAUAGAAUGGAAAGUUUCGUCAGAAACACUAAUGGAGCUGAAGCAAGGACUCGUUUCUACAUUUACGGAUACUUUCAUCACACAAUUGAUGGACACAACACACAGUGAAUACGCAACAGUGGAUCGUAGCUUCAUCGAAGCUCUCAUAAGACGAAUUAAAAGAUUGUUACAAUUUAUAAUUAUAAAAUAAUGAAGAAUUAACGUUUGCAUCUACGGA